GCUGGCCGGCGGCCGCGCGGACGAGCUCUCCCUGGGCUUCAAUGCCGGCGCCGCCGCGUCCGGGUUCUGGGGCUCCGCUUCGUCACGCCAGGCCGCCGCGCUCAGCUUUGGGGCGAUAAACGCUGCCGGUGACGUCGGGAUGGUCGUCGGCGCGCCCGCGGCCUCGUUACACAACCAGAGAUCGGCCGCGGCGGCGGCAGCCGACGACCCCAUGUUCCCGCUCGUCGCCGCAGCACAGCGCGCCCUCGACGCUGACGCAGCCGCCGCCAAGCCGGCCGCGACCGGUGGCGCCAUCCAGUUCUGGCAGGCGCAGCCGGCGGCCGCGGACGGAUCCUCCGGCAAGAAACCCCUCGCCAUGCUGGACUACGGCCGCGGCGGGGGCAGCUCAGGGUUCGGCGCGGCCACGUGCCACGAUUGCGGCAACCAGGCGAAGAAGGGGUGCGCCCACAACCGCUGCCGCACGUGCUGCAACAGCCGUGGCUUCGAGUGCGAUACCCACGUCAGGAGCACCUGGGUUUCCGCCGCGCGCCGCCGAGAGCGCCUGCAGCUCGCCGGAGGCGGCGCCAGCUCCCCUCCGCACGCGGCUGCGGCAACCAAGAAACCGCGCCUCCUCGCGUGCCCGACCACCAACUCACGCACCUCCACCUCCAACGCCAUUACCCCUCGCAGCUACGACACCUCCUCGAGUCACCAAGACGCGUCGUUCAGGGACAGCCUGCCGCGGCAAGUGCGCGGGCCGGCAGUGUUCCGGUGCGUGUCGGUGACGUCCGUCGACGACUCCAGCAGCGCCGAAGUCGCGUACCAGGCGGCGGUGACCAUCAACGGCCACCUGUUCAGGGGGCUCCUGUACGACCAGGGCGCCGAGGUCGACGGCCGCGCCACAAACAGUGCCGUCGCCGUGCAGCUCGGCACCUCCAACCUCCAUCUCGGCAGCGCCUCGACCGCGGCCUCCGACCUGUACGGCGGCGGUGCCGGCGGCCCGCUGAUUCUUGGUGGUCUGUGCUACGGUAACACACCAUGAUCUGCAAAGUACGUAACACACUGCAAGAUCGGGCGGCAAGGGUAGCAAUUCUGUCGUGUCUUCUUUCAGCUUAGUUCUUAUUUAGUAUAGUUAUGUUUCAUAUUGUUGCUGAUGCUAUCACGCCUAUGGAGUCUUUGUUACCGGAAGCUGGAAAGGAAAUAGUUCAGCAAUCACAGGCUAAAUUUGUUCAUGCUUGCAUAAACUGGGAACUCAAAAUGGGAUGCUGUACAAAUAAAUUUCGUAGGAUUUCCAUGUAAGUUGUUCACAAUGC